UGUGUCCCCACUGCUCUAUUUAAAUGCCAGAGUUCCACUGUCAAAACGGAGAGAAGGACGCAACAAUAUGAUGGACCUUUUUGAGACCAGCACUUAUCUUUUCAGUGAUUUGCGUUACUUGGAGGAAGCGGAUCAUGGAUCAUUACAACACAUAGACAUCACAGGGGUCUCUCCUCUGUACUCUAACAGCAAUGACAGCCCGUUGUCCCCAGGCCAAGAUAAUGUCCCGUCGGAGACAGGGGGGGAAAGCAGCGGAGAGGAGCAUGUGCUUGCCCCUCCGGGUCUCCAGUCACACUGCGAGGGCCAGUGCCUCAUGUGGGCCUGCAAGAUCUGCAAGAGAAAGUCAGCACCGACAGACAGACGCAAGGCCGCCACGCUCCGGGAGAGGAGAAGGUUGAAGAAGAUCAACGAAGCAUUCGACGCGCUAAAAAAGAAGACCGUGGCCAAUCCCAACCAGAGACUACCCAAGGUGGAGAUUUUACGCAGCGCCAUAAGUUACAUUGAAAGGCUACAGGACCUGUUGCAGACUCUGGAUGACCAAGAGAAAAUUCAAAACGGAACUUCUUUGAACACCAAAGAGCUUAAUCAGCUUGCCAGCGAUGAGUAUCAAUGGAAGAAGUCCUCUGAGACCUGGCGGACCUCUGCUGAUCAUUCCAAUGCAGCAAUGAACCAGAGAGAAGUGACCAGUGAGUCUUCUGCGUCCUCCAGCCUCCUGCGUCUGUCCUCAAUUGUGGACAGCAUCACAAAUGAUGAGAAACUCAUCUUUUCCGCUGAACCCUCAGAAAACUGAAACAGUCUGAAGAGUUUUUUGUUUUAUUUAAAAUUUCCAAUGUUUUGCUCUAAUUUGUCUGGUUGUGAUGCAUAAUUUUGGCUUUUUCUCACUUGAACCAGGAGCACAAAAAUUUGUACAUAUUUUAUAUUGACGUGAAUUAUGAAUGUAUUUAUUUUGCUUCCAAUGCUUAACAGAUUGUUGAAACUUUGCAUUUUAUUUAUACACAUAGCUGACCAACAAUAAAUCACUUACUCUGUUGAAA